GCGGGGAGCGACAUGCCCAGCGCCGCCCUCUCCCCCCCGACAGCAGCGGCCCUCGCAGCCCUCGCCCUCGUACUGCUCCCGCACAUCCCCCGCCUCCUUUCCUGUGCCACACUCUGUCUCUCCAUCCUCGCGCUCGCUCUCGCUGCCUUGUUCUGCGCCGCCCUCACCACUGAUUAUGCCCGGACGCCACAGCUCCUUCGACAACGCAGCGUUCUCUACCGGCUGCGUCUCAGCCCCGCGCCUUCAAGGUCGCCAACAAAGUCGCCCAUAUCCUCCUUCUCUUCCCAAGUGAACGCCGCCAUUUCCGCUUUCUUAGAUCUAGUCGUGCAACAUUUUGUCAUUCCAUGGUACUCUCGCAUAUCCCCUUCUCCCGACUUCCCCGAUGCCCUCGAAGAGCUCAUCCAAAACGCCAUCGCACAGGUUGCCGAAAAGUCGGACAAAGUCGACUGGCCGUCCUUUGUGGUGUCAAAGAUCCUGCCCAUCGUCACAGACCACCUUCGCCACUACCGCGCAAUUGAACACCUUCCUGUCGGGCCCCAAGCUCUUCCUCUUCCACUCCCACCACAUCCCCACAAGGCUCUCACCGAUCCGCAUCUUGCAGCCCAGGCAAUAGAAGAACAUCUCCGCCAGACUCUGUCCCGUAUUCUACCUGAUCUUUUACCAAAGUCCGAACAGACCCCUGUUGUGUUCACACUCGUACAGGAGAUCCUUCUCGGCUCAGUAGUCCUUCCUGGUUUCCAAAUGGUAUGUGAAAGUGACUUUUGGAACAGACAGAUAGACGAACGAGUCGGACAGUACCUGCAUGAGCAGAAGCAGGUAGAUCAAUUCCUUUCAGCCCUUUCUAGCUUUCCUGCCACUUCGCCUUCUGUACGGUCGCCUACGGUGAGCAGAGUAAGGCGCAAAUCUCAUUCCAAAAACCCCUCGAUCGAUGCCAAUUCGUCUUCAAGUCAGUUUGACGUCUUUCUCAAAUCUAUCAGGAAGCUGUGGACAUUGGGAGAGGCUAGAAGAUUAAAGGCCGAUGUGGAGCGAGAAUUGAGGAGUGCGAGACUUGCACUUGAUGAAGAAAACAAGGAACUGGACGAUGCUGGACCCACUCACCAAUCGACUGAUAAGGCUCCAAGCAAAGGUACUAGAAAGUCCCAGAAAUAUGUAGAAAGACUGGUAAGGGCCAAGUCGGCCAUUGACUCUAGGAUUGUCGAACUCUCGGGAGGAAGUAAGCCUUCCAACUCGGGGCCAACUUUUGUUUCUCUGGACACAUCUCAACCUAUCUCUCUCUACUCCAUCCUCUCCAACCCUUCAUCUCUUGCCUACUGGCUCGAGUUUAUGGACCGCCGCCACCGAUCUCGUCUUGUACAAUAUUGGCUGACGAUUGAGGGCUUCAAAGACCCGCUGGAAGCGACGGGUACAGACGUAUCCGAGGACAGCAAAUCAACGGAGAGAAACAUCCACGAUACGACCAUUGAAGAUGCCCAGUCUCUGUACGCGACAUACUUCUCUGCGCCUCAAUCCGCGUCUGUGUUUAUAUCACCACAGCAUCAGCACAUGAUCGAAACAGCUGCCUCGUCAUCACAUAACUUAUCGCCGCAAGACAUUGCACGCGUCAGGCGAGCAGUCUUUGCUUCUCAGCGAGAAGUAUAUGAACAGAUGGAGGACGAAGACUGGAGCGCUUUUAGUAAAAGCGAACUGUACCUCAAGGCUGUAGGAGACCUGCAGAGGACCCACUCAGCAUUGAAAAGUGCUUCUGCGGUCAAUGCUGACGUUCAAACACCAGAUAAUCGUAGAGCCACUCUUUCAAGAACGCCUUCGCCAAUGGCCCAGGUGCAUCAUUCUCUCCCUCGGCAUCAGACACCAGCUCUACUUCACCGGCCCCUGCAGCAAAUUACACCGCAGACUCCCAAGGUGAUCAACUUUCUUAAGCCGCACUCUCCAGCCUCAGUCUCUUCCCCAUCUCUUCCUCCAGGCCCUAGCUCUGUUCAGCAAAAACGCCAGUCUCUUCCCCCAGCAAUACUUACAGCACCAACAACGCCAGCGGGGCCUUCAAUCUCUGUAAGCGAGUUCGUCAGAGUUGCCUCUCCUCCGCCCUUUGGAAGGAGCGUUAGCGAUUCAAGAGACUCGCUAAACAGCAGUUCAAACGAUUCGGCAGGGCGCCGAAAAGGCAGUGCAAACGAAAUGAAUUCUCCUUCUCCUUCAUUAUCGCCGUCGUACGCAUCCACACCUCUGAUUCUCUCUCCAAAACUUGUUUCGCCCCCUCCACCGUCUGCGAAACACUCCAGCCAACUUAAUUUCCUUAUCGGUAACGAGGAGAACGGCGAGUCACAUGGAAGAGAUAGACUUUUUGGGGACGAGCCUGACGAUUCAAGGGAAUGGGAGAGGGGAGAGGAGGCAAGAAGGAUCGAGGCGAUCCAGGCUGCCUUGAGCGAGAUCAUUGCAGAUGAUAACGGAAAGAGAAGUAAUGAUGGAACACCAUCAGACUCCUUGAUGAGUGAACGGGAAAAGCCUCGGGAAAGAGGAAAUGACAUGUCAAGCUCCUUGAUCCUUGGUAGUGCAACUGAUAAAAAAGAAAGAAAACGAAAGUCAAGGAGCCUCGAAGAUUUGAAGAGUGCUUCUCUGUUGUCAUCCACCACCUUUUCUUCGGCUGCAAACUUGUCUCAGGAGCCAGGUCGAAACUCUAGCAAGCUUCUUUUUGAAGAUGAUUUGCCAGAGGAUGAUUUGAGCAGCACACCUUCAGUAGAAGAAGACAGCGAUAUACCGCACAAUGUCCCUCUCCCUGUUCCUGGCGAUCUUCAGCUUACCGCCCAGAUUUCCGAGCUUGAUGCAAACCUGCUCGAGCUGGACAAACAAAACGAGCUUCUUUCCACCCUAGUCCGCCAGGCUGAGCUCACAGGCAACCAGAAAGAACUGAAGAUCUUGCGCAAGAGUCAAUCAAGUGUCCAAAGAGAGACUAGGGCGAAGCAGUGGCAGAAACAAGAAUAUGAGCGGGUACAGGAUGAAAGUAGGCUCGUGCCAGGCCGAACCAGGGUAUCAAUCCCGUCCGCAGCAGUCACUGAAGAUACUGAAAACACAUCCGCUUCGACGUUGGGAGUCGUCGGGCCAAAACAGGUUGUGAGGUAUACCAUCCAUGUCUGUCAGAUUGAUGAUGGUCAUCCAGCUGCAAAGUGGGCUGUGUCAAGACGGUAUAAUGAGUUCUGGGAAUUGGAUAAGAACCUCAAGGAAUGGGCGAGUGAACAUGGAGAUCUUGAAACUACUGAAACGUUGAGAAAAGUAGAGAUACCGGGGAAAAGCCUGGUUGGAGGUAUUUCAGCAAACUUUGUAGAGUCUAGAAGGACGGGGCUCGAAAAGUACCUUCAGGGAUUGAUGACAUCACCUACUAUAUGUGACUCGACUCAUCUUCGAUCUUUUCUAUCUCGCUCUAAUUCCCUUGUCCCUUCCGCAAUUAGAACGCAGCCCGCGGUCACCCAAUUGACAAAGCUUCCACAUAACUUGAUGAAAUCAUUCUAUAAGAGUAUAUCUUUAGGUCCUCCCUCGGAAGAUAUGUUCAAUGCCAAUACGGCGGACGUGAUGUACAGUGGUCUUACCCGACAGAUCAACGAUCUCGGGGGAUUUGUAGGCCUUGGUUUGGGAAGUCCAGAAGUUGAAGUCAAAGAAGGCCAUGUACAGGUCACUCGAGACGUUUCAGUAGAAGGGAUGACGAGCUUCACGGGUCCCAUAUGCGAUCUGUUCAUAGAAUUGUUUGAUCUUAAAGAGAAGAAUUGGUUGAGGAGGCAAGCAGUCAUUGUGAUUCUUCAGCAAUUCCUAGGAGGAACCAUCGAACGAAAAGUCAGAGAUUAUUUUCGUUCAGUAACCUCCCAAUCAUCUUUCUUGCGCAUCAUUCAGAAUUUGCAAGACACUCUUUUCCCUUCAGGCAAACGCCGAACAUCGACUGCAUCUCGUUCGGAAGAAGAAAAAGCAGAAACUAGAGCAAGGGCUGGAAAGAAGCUGGGACUGCUGAUUCCAGACGUCGCUGCGAAUAUGAUUGGCCGAGGAAACGCCAGGAGGGCUGCAAGGCGUGUGUUCGGAGUCUUACAAGAUGAGAGGCUAAACCAACAAUUGAUGCUACGCAUCCUUGAUACUGUUCUGGAUACAAUAUUUCCUUCAAUGGAAGGUUCUGGGGUGACUUAUUGAUAGCUGUGCUUCACUUUCGUUCGUUUUGGGUUUUUAUACAGGCGUAGGUUCAGUUAUACCUAACGCCAUCAUGAACCCAAGCGAUAGGUUUGGUUGCUAACAACCUACCAGGGUCGGGUUAAGCGGUUUGAUGAUUAUGACUUUGAUGCAACUUCCUUUCAUUAUCCCUGCA